AUGCAAUUUUAUUUUUUCAAACAUAUUUUCCUACAACAUUUUAGCAAUGCUAUUUUGUUAUCACAAGAACCAAUUCAUUUGGAUGAUCUGGAUGAUAAGAUAAUACGAGUAUUAAUAUGCAUGCAAAUAUAUGUUAUACUAUUUCCACUUAUUUAUUGCUGGUUCUUUGGUUGUCCAUGCAGUGGUCAUAAUACAAUAGAAAUGGAAUUUGAACGGAGGAAUAAGGAUGAUGAAAAUAGCCGGAAAAGCAGCAAUAUCACUAGAGAAAUGGAAAUAUUACAUCAACAAAAAUUACGAGAUAAACAAAAACGAAUAUGGCAAGAAAAGCAAAUCAAAUCAAAUCAUACCAAUAAAAAUACUCGAACAAUAAGUACCAUUUCUAGUUUACCUGUUCAAUUGAAAGAUUCUCUAACUAUUUCAGAUACUCAAACUAUCACAGAUCAUUCCUCUCCACGGACUAAAUCAUCGAAAUUUCAUUCUUUACAAAAACAAAAUUUAGCUCUGCAAAAAAGUAAAGUUUAA